AGUUUGUGCCGUUAGAAAACCAAAAAAUAGCCUUUAGUUGGCCAAAUAAUUAGCCCUCUGUAAUACAACUAGAAGAUUCAUAAAUGGUCGGUGACAGAGUUUGCUGUCUGACAUGAGACCAAAAGGUGGUCUCAACAAAUUGUGUUGGUUUUAGAAUCUAAUGACACUAUAUUUUACCAACCUCAUCUAUGUAGAUGAUUCUUCUGACAGAUUUGUAGGCCUUUUAGUCAUUUGAAAAUAGAUUUUAUGAUCUUCUUUUCUACCGGAUCUGUGGAUCAAUUUAUUUUCUUUCCUUACAUCUUUGAAAGGGAAGAACAACAUUGUCAUAUAAACAAGAUUGAAGCAGAAUAGAAUUAGUACCACAAGGAGGAUAAUAGUAUAGAACAGUUAUGCAAUGUUCAGAAUUUCUGAAAGAUUCUCAUAACACUUACACUUGCUGAACUUGGUCACCAAUGAACGAUGAAAUGCCUAUUGGAUGGCCAUUUGGUCUUGGCUUUUUGAAUACAAGACUUAGAGAUGCAGAAUCACUUCCAGCUGCUCCAGUAGAGCCACACUCAAUGCACAUUCCAUCUACCAGUUUUUCCUCAUUCUCAUCCUCCAACCUUGAUACUGAGUCCACAGCAUCUUUCUUUCAAGACAACAGUGUAUCUCUUGGGCAUCUCAUUGGGCUGAGAGCAGGAGAAAAGGGACGCUUGUACUUUCCAAACUCAUUGAGAAUAGAAGAAAAGGAGGAGAAAACAUUAACAAAGGGUUCCACUUCUGAUGAUACCUCUGAAGUAAAAGAAGAAGAAAUGUCUCGUGGCAUUUGUAUACCUAUACUACUUGAAGCCCUUUUCAAGAUCAGCAAAAGUAAGAAAAGUUCAAGUAACUAGCACGUGAUGAUCAACACAUUCACUUUCCUUCUCUCUAGUAAAAAUUAACAACAAUGAUUUUUCUUUGGCUUAAAUCAUCCAUUUAAACUUUCACAAAUUUCUCUGUUGUGGUAACUUUGUUUUAUUCCAAAGUAGAAUAGAAAAUGGAGUCUUGUUUUGUGUAUUUUAUUAUUCUGUUGUUUUAGCAGCAUUCUAUCUUUGCAUACCCAAGAAACUGUUUUGUAGUUCUUGUGAUCUUGCAAACUUUAAUUUUGAGUUAGUUGUAAAAGUUUGUGUUCC